AAAAUUAUCAUAGAUAUACAUUACAAUGUGUAUUAAGUAUUAAUAUGUUUAAUGAAAAAAUUUUCAUUUUUCUUUGGUUCUGGUUUAUUGGUAUCACUUUAAUAAAUAUACACAGCUUCUUACGUUGGUGUUGUAGAUCAACAUUUCAAACUAGUCGAGUAUGUUUUAUUAGAAGUUUAUUAUUUAAUAAAAUCUCAAUGAAGAUAAACAAUAAUAAUAUUAAUAAUAAUAAAUCAGACUAUUCAUCAAAUAAUACUAAUUCCAAUGUAACACAAAAUUCUGAUUACCAGUCGACUAGUCAACAAUCAACAACAAUACAAUUAGCUGAUUCAUUAUCUUCUGAAUGUUAUAAUGAACAAUUAUCAAUAACUGAUAAAAAAGCAUCAGCAUUUUUUACUGAACAUAUUUUAGGACAAGAUGGUGUAUUUGUAUUGCGUUUAAUUGCAUUAAAUGUUGGCCAAUAUAUUGCAUCAAAAAUAGCUUGUCUUAUUUGGGACCGUUAUAGACUUGUAAAUAAUACAUCAAAGUAUACACGUACAAUAAAGAGAACACAAGAAACACCUAUAACGACGACGACGAUGAUGACCACCAGCACCACCGCCACAACAACAACAACAAAAUCACAAACAAAACAUGUUGUAACCAGUAGUAUUAGACAACUGUCGAAUAUUGUUCAAAAUCCACCUAUUCCUGAAAGAAAAGAUAAAAUUAAACAUAAUAAAGAAUUAAAUUCAUCAACAUCUAAUUUAAAUGAAUUAGAUAAUAUUGUAAGGAUUAGAACAUUAAAUGCAUCUAAUACAAUUGGACAAUAUUCACAAAGUUUACCAUCACAAUCAUCUAUAUAUAGUUUAAGAAAUUCUUUUAAUAAUUCUUAUGAUCAUUGUUCACAUUCUGAUAGAAAUUCCUCAAAUAAUUCAAGAAUUCAAAAUUUAAAUCAAACAAAUAAUUUUGUUUAAAAAAUAUACUACUUAUAAGUAACAUUAUUUCAUUAUAUACAUAUAAUUAAGUUUAUGAACAAGCGAACAUAGAUAACACUAACAGAAUAUCUCUAUGGAUUUCAUUAUUGUGAUAUUUCAAUUACAUAAUUUCUUAUAUCUACUAAUUAGAUAAUCAUUUAUUUUCCUAUUCAUUAAAUAUGCAUAAUAUUCUUGGAAUUAUUCAGUCUGAUUGUUAUUUUUGUCGGAAUAAGAGUUUGUGGGAAUUGUAGUAAUUUAAUGGUUGAAUUCUUGUAUCGAUUUAAAUUAGAUCAUCUGAAAAACCUGGAAGCACUGGAUGGUCGUUUUGUUUUAGUAUGAGACAUCAUUGGAUACCGAGUCAGUGGUUUAGAGAUUAAGUAUUCGCGCAUGAGACCGAAAGUUCUGAGUUCGAAUUCUACGUUCAGGAUUGUGGAUGCUCAUUGCUGGGGGAGUCCAAUACUUAGGACGGAACGGUUAUCAAGUGCUUUCAGGUUUUCUAGGGUAGUCUAGACUAAAUCGACUCAUAAAAUAAUUUCUUGAAUUAAUUAACAUUAGAAUUUUGUGACAUUUUUUGUUUUUUUUUCUUUGUAAAAUAAUUCAUAUGUACUGAAGAAUAAAUCAUUUUAUCUGGUGAAUAUGAAAAUAAUAUCACUUAAUGAGAAUAAUGAGGAAAUAAAGAGAAAA